GACGGAUUGACGACUGCUCUGUCGGUCUUCCACGUUGUAAGUGUGGAGAAAAGAACUUGUUUGUUGGGUAUUAGAACGGGAUGCCGAACACUGUUAUGUGCAAGCUGUCAUACUGUUAAAGUCUUUACUCAAAUCAACGUUUAUUUUAUAUUAAAAAAACCUAACAUAAAGUUAGUGUAAAACAUUUUACAAAAUGAGGAACAUUUUUUUCUUUAUUUUACUCGCCUUUCCGGCCGUUAUUUUCACUGUAAAUAAAGGUGUUGGUGUAGCUUUUGCCGAAGAAGAAGAUGCUGGCGAUGAUAUUGUCGACAUAGAAGGAGAGGACAGUGGAGUUUUGACAGAAGAAGAACCAGAGGAGGAUACAGUGACAGCAUCAAAGGAUGUGGACACGACAAUAUUAUUCAUUGAACCUGCUCACAAUCCACUCAAUACUCUCGAAUUACCAGGAGGCGUUCCAGUGGAAUUCUUGAUCGGUUUUACAAAUAAAGGUGAGACCGAUUUUAUUGUGGAAACCGUCGAUACAUCAUUCCGCUAUCCCAUGGAUUUCAAUUUUUAUAUACAAAAUUUCUCGACUGUUGCGUAUAAUAAGAUCGUUAAACCUAAUCAUGAGGCAACUCUUGCUUACUCGUUCGUACCAUCAGAAACAUUUGCCGGACGGCCUUUUGGACUGAAUAUCAACUUGAACUACAGAGAUGCUGGUGGUAACACGUUUAGCGAAGCUGUCUACAAUGAGACGGUACAGAUUAUAGAAUUGGAUGAAGGUCUGGAUGGAGAGACGGUGUUUCUUUAUGUCUUUUUAGCUGCUUGUGUAGUUCUAAUUCUUGUUGGAGGUCAGCAGCUUCUUUCAUCUUUCGGUAGAAAGUCACGAUCUUCUUCUUCGCGUAAAGCACCAGUUGAAAUGGGUACUUCUAACCCAAAUAAUAUUGACUACAGUUGGGUGCCAGAAGAAACAUUGAGAAUGUUUGAGAAAUCCCAAAAGAGCCCAAAACAAAGUCCAAGGCAAAGGAAGGUGAAAAGAUCUGCGGGUUCAGAUGAUUGAAAGUAACAAUUAACAUGUGAUUUAUUUAAAUAAUUUGCUAUAAAAUUGGUUGAGUAGCUUCACCACUUUCAACUCUACAAGACAAUUUUUAUGAUAUUGUAUAUGCUAGAAUAAUUUUUCAUUAUUGAAUCAUCUGCUCAACGUCAAUUAUUUGUUAUCACUAGUAUCGAAAUAUCAAUUUUCUCUCAAGUUAUUUAUCAUCUACAAAUUUUAUUUUUAAUGCAGAUAAACUACAAUCUUUACUCUUCGAUAAUUUCUAGUGAACAAACAGAAUUUUUGUUUUAGAAAUGUUUAUUUAGAAAUCCAUGUUGUUAUGCCGUGUUACUUUUAAAAAAUGAGUGAAUGAACUUUUUAUCAAUAUAAAUGGUUAUCGGUGAAGUAAAAUAAUUUUUUCUAUUUCAUUGGGAAUGAACAUGUGUUUUUUUAACUAAGCCCUUCCUUAGAAAUGUAAUUGAAUGUAAAUUGCAACUUCAAACAGACUGCGAGAUUUAUGUUGAAUAUUACCUAGGAUUGUAAAUAAAAUUUUCAUAGAAA